GUCAGAUCGGUCUGCAAUGUAGGCGAGCUGGCCCCUGAGUCACCAAAAGACCUGACUUACUUCGCAUUAAUAAUAAUAACACUGCACCCUCUAGAAGUGCAAGUCCUAGAAGUGGCAUUUGUUACCGAGAAAGAACAAAACGUUAACAUUAUGAACAUAAUACAGCGUCAGGUAUAAGUCUGUAAACCCGUGCAAACUUUAGAAAAGUAUUCUUCCUACUGACAUUAUAAGUAUUAAAGUCGUCUGAAUGUUGCAGACCUGCAAAAUGGAAUACGCCCUGAUUGCGCCUCAUUCCACUGAAGAUAUGAUACCGUAUGAUCAGGAAUUACUUCGUCAGCCUCAUGACUAUUAUUUCAGCAAUGAGUCUGAGAGCUACAGUGAUGCUGAGUCCAGGAAGUAUAAUGCCCACCACUUCUGGGAGAGGGAUUUGAGGCUAUCAGGCAGGCAUGAACAUGGCUGGGAUUUUCACUACCCUGGACAACACGAGUAUGAGACCACCUUUACUGACAGUCACUUCACAGAACUACAGAGUGUCCAGCCUCCCCAACUCCAGCAGCUGUAUCGCCACUUUGAAUUGGAUCAAAUGCAUAGCCUAGAUACUAGUUCAUUAGCUACACAUCUGAGUCUGAACCCACAGGUGGCCUACAUUCCGCAUGUGCGUAUGCCAUAUCCAUCUCCAUCACAGCCAAGUACAGACGAUGAUGAACAGGAAAGGCGAAGCCCCCCACUGGAAGUAUCAGAUGGAGAGACAGAUGCUAUAGACCCUAAUCCAGGAUCCAUGCUUGGUGAGCAAGGGAGUAAAAAGAAGAUCCGUCUCUAUCAAUUUCUCCUAGACUUGCUACGGAGUGGAGAUAUGAAGGACAGCAUCUGGUGGGUAGACAAAGACAAAGGAACUUUUCAGUUCUCCUCCAAACACAAAGAGGUGCUGGCUCACCGUUGGGGCAUACAGAAAGGGAAUCGCAAGAAGAUGACCUAUCAGAAGAUGGCCCGAGCCCUGAGAAAUUACGGCAAGACAGGAGAGGUCAAAAAGGUUAAAAAGAAGUUGACCUAUCAGUUUAGUCCAGAGGUGAUGGGAAAGAGUUUCAUUGAAAGAAAGCAUUAUGUACACUAAAUGGCAUAAGUUCAGGUGCCUUGGGUUCAGGAAAAGAACCAUACUUUCCUCAUUCCAUGACCAGGGUUGCUAGUUUUUCAAAACUGUUACAUAGUAACUCAUCCAAAAGAUUUCAGAUCUUCAUUGGAAAGUUGUGCGUGAAGAUCUACAGGGCUGCCAUAUUAUUCAAUAGGAUGUGUGUCUCUGGAAUGACUUCCUAGCCCAGCUCCUCUUGUUUGUAGGUCCAGAGCCAUUUAAGAUCAGCUGUCAAAAAGCUCAUGCAGAAAUAUAUAAUAAAAAUUAAAUCUCCAAGAGACUGAGCCUCAAAGUGGAGCUGUACUCUGAGCAGACUUCAUCCUUCUAUAAUGAUUUCUUACUUCAUUAUAAGCAUUAACCUUGCACUAGACCUUUUUUUAGCUACAAAAUUUUAAUUUACAUAAUGAAAGCUGUGUCAACAUUCUGAAACAUUUACUUUCGUUAUCUGUGUUAGUUUUUAAAUAUAAAUGUUUAUAUUUAAUAUAAAUGUGUUUAAUUGUAUGUAUGCAGUAAUUCAAAACAUUGGUGCAAGCCAUGUAAUUCCUAUCCAUGUGCCAUGGACUUUGCACGGGUCAUUAAUGAACAGGACCAUGACUUAUGGUCUGCACAUUUCACUUGUUUUCAGCAUUUGCUGGUCUUCUGGUUGUACCCUUCAUUCAUCCUGAAAGUCAUGGAACAGCUUGAUAGUGAACUGAUAGUAUUUCAUAGGUUCAGAUUUUUUUUGUCUAUACAGAUUAUUUUGUGGUUAUGCAGCAGGUGUACCCCAUCAUAGUUAAUUUCCUUACAUCAUUCUUAUGCAUUCAUGAUCUCCACCUGGCUGAGCUCAUUCUAGGGGAAAUGGGAUAGCCAUACAGUGGAAAAAUCCAAAUUAAACUGUUUCUGCAAUGCAGGCAGUUAAUGAGACCAGUACAGUAAAGCUACACAUCUGAUUAUUUCAGUUGCAUGAUCUACGACAUAUACACAGUGUAACUUGCAGCAAAUCAUUCACAUUGUUUUCCUUCCAAGUUAAAGAUAAAAAUAAUUGACAACUUUUUUAACACAUUUUGCCUUCUAACUUGAAAUAAGUACAGGAUUGCAGGAGCUGAUGCAAUACUUUUUUUCCCCAACAGCUGCAUGAUUCAUGUUUUUUAUCCAUAAUUCUUCUUUUCAGCCAGUGGUCAUCAUUUAUAUUGUUUUAGUCUUUGCAUGCAGCAGAGUAAAAUUCUACAAGAUCUCCAAGACUGUACCCUCUUCCCUUCAAGGCUACCCACCAAACAUACACACACACACACACACACACACACACACACACACACACACACACACACACACACACACACACCACAAAUACUGGUUGCUUCUGGAAAGCUUAACUUUUCAGAACCCAAAAGUAAAACUUUUAAUAUCACAGGGUAUGGCAAAAAAUAAUUAAAUAAAAAUAAAGUAAAAUACAUUAGCCAAACAAACUAAAAUAUAUAACUUAAUAAAAUAAAAGCACAGUAAAUGAGUCAAGGUUUUUAUUUUAAAUGUCAGCACAUCUCAUUGUUGAAAAUAAAUACAUUAUUUCAAGAAAAAUACACACUGUAGCCUGCCAGGCAAAUGCCUUACUAUGUCCAUUUUCAGCAAUAUACAUCACAGUGCAUAAAAACAAAAUAAGAGAUUUCAUUUUUAGACAUUCCUAACAUAACUAGUUGUCCCAGUAAUGGCAUAAUUAACUAUUUGGGCCUGAAUCAAGCAAAUGUUACUGAGCUAAGCAACUAUUUCUGCAGAAGAAGGAAAAAUUAGAAUAAUCCCUCACAAAAGAAUGACAUAAUACAUCAUUUGUUUUGGUCAGGAUAGCUAUAUGUCUAUUUAUUCAUAUAUCGGGGAGUUCCAUUUCUUCUUAUACAGAGGGAAAUAUCUAGCAAACCUUAAGGGUAUGUUAUGUUAAGUAACAAGAACACUCGUCCAUCUACGUACUUACCCAUAUAAACUACUUGAAACUUCAACAAGGUGUCUUUAUUCCUCCCACAGGGAGGCUAUCAGACAGAGAGUCCCCUAGAUCUGCUAGCUAAAGUGAUUUUAUCUGGACAAUCCUUUGUACCAGAUUGUAGUGAUCACUUAAUUAAAAAUGAAUCUGCAAGUCACAGCUUUUGCAGUAAGCCAAGAGAUUACAAAGUAUCUAUCAGCAACUGGACAUAUUUAAUUCCUAUUCCUAUUUUAACAACUGGCAUGGUAUAUUCACUUGUUAAACAUGUUUCAACGUCUGUUGCACUGUUGUAAGUCACUGUGGAGGAUAACUAAAAAGCAUAUUCCCAAUAUCUGUAAGAAUGCUAUGGGUAAAACUCAGAUCAGUGUCUUCUCUGAAGAAAUGUACCCUACCCUGGUCUAUAGCAUGGUAGUAGUGGUAAUAGUAGUAAGAGCAGAGAAUAAGGGACCAAUGUAACCUGCAAAUGAGACAUUUAUAUUGCACUCCAAUGUACAUUUGUAGCAUAUAUGUCUUCCAUUGGAGGAAUCAUUUCUUCAUAUCCUACACUUUUAUAAGGAUGGGAAGGAAACAUUGCCCCUAAACUUUGUAAGGUAAUAAUUAUCAAUGUACAUAUUAUGUUUUGGAAGUCCCAAUAAUUAUACUGAUAAUAUUAUUAAUUAUUUGGCUUAUGUUUAAUUUGCCAUCUUAUUAAAUGUUAGGGGCUUCAGAUUUAUUUAUAGUCACAAGGUUGAUAUUGCAUUUAUUAUUUAGCUGAAUAAUGUAUUUUAAAAGAUGUCAGCAGUGGUGUUACAGCAAAAGUUGUCAGAACAUUGGCACUGCGAUCUUUGCUGCUGCAAAAAUGGUCCAGGGUUUAGAGUUCAAUCCUGACGAUUGCACAUAGUAUCUAUUAAAAGAUGCAUGUUUUCUUAUUAUCCUAGGUUUCUCCCUUAGAGAUUUGCUGGUUCAUUAAUGGUUCUGAAAGAUCCUAAUAUGUUUUAUCCUUAUUUCUUUGACCUGUGUUUUAGCUGAAAAGCAUCCUAAAUGAGGAAUAAGUAAAAAGAGCUUAAUUAGUAAAAACGAUCCUGUGAUUUCUUGUGUAACCAUUAAAGCUAGUAGCAUGUAUUCAGUAUUCAUAGUGUAGCAUAGCCGUACAGAAACAUCAGGUAACCUGCGUGGAGGAUUAUCUGGCUAGUAUUGUAGGCAUCACUUUAUACAUUGAAAAUUCACAUUUUUACAUACCCUGACAAACUAUAUUACUUAGUAUCUGCUUUUUUCAAGGUGCCACAAUUACACUGAGGUGACUGACUUUUUAUUUUUGCUGCCUUUCUGUAGUUGUUCUACCUUCAUUGUUGUGUCUAGCAGUGUCUCAUAUCUUUUUUGUACUGGUACUGGUAGUUCUGCAUAAAUACUGCCUAUUUUAUUAGUUUCCCUUUAAGUAUAUCUAAAAUGUCACAUAAACCUCUUACUGUCAUUGUAUUCUUUCAUAAGAAUAUUUUAUGUAGUCCUAACAGAGAGAGAGUCAGACAGCUCCCCAUCCAGCUAACAAUAUAACCUGUAUAUUUUUCCAAAAUACUUGUUUUCGGUAACACAACUGCAUUGCCUUUUAGGGAAGAAGAGAGUAAACAUUACUUUUUCUUUUUGUCUGUUAUAAAAGCACUUUAAGUCCGGAGACUGCCUUUCCCCUACUGCCAGCAUUAAUAUGGCUCCCUCAUGAAACUUGAAAACGUCUCAGUGCUAGGAAUCUGUCUUCUGUCAUUAGUAUGACUAAUAUGGCACUGUUAAGAUGCUAACAGAGUUACUGAAGCCAUUUUAAGAAUCCAGGUAAGUAUAUUUUACUGAGAAUUAUUCAUCUGGUCUCCAAUGGAUAUCUCAAAGCUUGUUCACUAAGCAUUAGAAAGGCAAACAGAGCUUGCAGAAGUUUUGUAUUAUAACUUUAUUUAACAUUUGGUGAACUUGGAGUUAGCUAUAGAAUGGGGCACAUGGAGAUUCUCCAAUGUACGGAGGUUGUGGGAGACAGAAUCCCCUACAGAAAAGGACACUGCUAAAGAACAACAUUUUUAGUCAAACAGGAAUAAGCGUAUCUGCCUGUAGUGGCCCAUUCUGUAUUCCUUUGUACUGCAGGUUUACUACAUACCUAGAGAUUACCAUAAGAUGACCAGUCCCUAGUAUCAGCACUACAACACAGACUCUGAGAAACCUUGCAAACUGUCUGAUCACGUUAACAAAAGAAUUUAUGCAAGGCAGGUCUGGCUCUACUAUUUCCAUUACGUAUAGUCUAACUGGCUUCUACGAAUAACAGCAUUAAUUGCACUCAAGAAGACACGAAGAGUACCUGCUCAGGGCUUUUUCACUCAACAUUGCAGUUUAAAAUAGCACAACUGAAAAGACAAAAGCUAUUGGGUGUCUUUUUUUAGAGUGACUGUUCUUACAAUACAACAUUGUUCAAAGUGAUUGCAUAGAAGCUGCCAACAUGCAUCUUCUGGUCUGUAGCUGUAUGGGGAGCUGUCUGACUCUGUCCCUGUUAGGACUACAUAAAGUAUUCUUGUGAAAGAAUGCAAUGACAGUAAGAGGUUUACUUGUUCAGCUAGAAUUUUUGGAAAGAUCUAUAUCAGUGCUCAUCACCUACUAAGCUUUUCUAUCUUGUGUUGGUUGUAAUUGUUCUCAAAGAUCAAAGCAGAUGUAGAUGAUCUUGUCAUCUCACCAUCUGCUUGAACAUGUGAGCUCACUUGUCACUGCACUGUGACACAGCCGGCAGAAAUCCAGGAGCUGGCAGCCUGUACUGCAGUCACUAAUCAACAUUGCCUUAUUGUUACUGAGCACCCUGUCAAGGGAGCAGUUAUUCUAUCUACCUAAAUCUUUCAGAACAGUUUUACAAAACAAUAGCUCUCUAAUGACAUUUUUAUUACAGACAGCCUUAUUGGUUUGUAACAGGGCUUCUGCAUGUUUUAUUUUAUCAUCGCCUUUUCUAAAUAUUAAUUAUGCAGUAGCUUUUAGAAACUCCUAAGAAUUAAAAUUUAACAUAUUAGACAGUUUUUCACUGGUUAGUAUAUGGAUAGUUUUCAGUCAACCAAUGGUGAAACCAGAUUUACCCCUAAAUAGCAUAGAGCCAAUUAGCACAAAGUCCACGUGUGCAAAGUUUGCUAGGAUUUGCUCAGGAGGUAAUUAUGGAUAUUGUACAAUAUAAUUGUUUAUAACAUAUGUUUUGUACUUUUUUUAUCAAGUUCUUUGAAUAAAUACUUCUCACUUAAAUAUUUCCUUACAGUGAAAUGAUUUAGUCUGCUGAGUGUAUUGCUCAUACAUACAUAAGAUUGCAUACUUGUAGUUAGGGUACAUCUAAUUGAGACAUUUUCAAGCAAUACAUGGUUCAUUAUGCCCAUCUAGUCAAAUAGGCUAUCAAAAAUGUUUACAUGUUGAGGCAGGGUGCCCCACAUCAUCCUUCCAGAGGAUUCAUACAAUGCCCCCCCCACCCCGUUUUAAUUAAUAUAGUUAAUUUCUACAUAAAACUUUAAGGGCAGGUAGAACAUUUUUCAGUGUGAAUCCAUUUGGUGUAAUGUGCUUAAUGAACCACAAAUCACUUAAAAGCCCUUUCCUUCAUUCGUCUGUUUUAACCGCUCUACACAAAUAAACAUGCUUCCAGUCUUUAGGCAUGAACAAAUGUAAUUCAGUUGGUCAGGUUUCUGAUUGCACUUGUAAAUAUUGUAUAUAGCCAUUUCCACUACUUGAUUUGCACCUUGCCCAGGACAAAUUUACAUGUUAUUGUAUUUUUUGUGUGAUGUUCAUUACAUUUACUGUUGUUUGGUUGACCUUGUAAACUUAUGAAGUUGUUAUGGUCUCCUUUUCUAUCUCUCUUUUCAGUAUUCAAUAUUGUAAUAUAUUGUGCUACAAUACAUUUUGUAUUGCUUUUGCCAUUUGCUGGCUGAAAUUGGUUCCUGUAUAUUAAUUCCUUAUCACAUAAAUAAAUACAUUGCAUUACA